CAGUCUUUGGUCCCAUGCUCCUUCCCACUGGUUGUCCUGAGAAAUACCACAGGGUAAUUUGUUUCCUGCUAUUUGAAAUGGAAAUUGUAGCAGCACGAGGAACAGAGCAUGAUAUUCAUGCCAAAUAUCAUGAGCUGAAUUCUCCUCACGGUUUGUGGGAAUCCUACUUAUUAAGGCUGACCUCUGAGAAAUCAGUAUGUUUUUCCACAAAGCUUAGACAGUGGAUGUACUCUCAGCAGGAGACAGAAACUAUCCCCGCUGUUCCCUGUCCUGUGCUGUGCAAUGAGGAAUGGAGAUACCAGUGCUGACAGCUGGAGUCACAGGUACCAAACCAAAGAUGUCCUGGACAAGAAAGAUUCUACUCAUCCUGGGAUUCCUCUCUACUUUGGCUGUAAUUGCUUUAAUUGCUGUAGCAGUGACCCAAAACAAGCCACUUCCGAAGAAUAUUAAGUAUGGGAUUGUGCUGGAUGCGGGGUCGUCCCACACUAACCUGUAUGUGUACGAGUGGCCAGCAGAGAAAGAGAAUGACACUGGGGUGGUGCAGCAGGUGGAGGUGUGUAAAGUCGAAGGCCCUGGGAUCUCAGGUUACUCCCAUGCCACAGAGAAGGCAGGUCCCUCUCUGGCACAGUGCCUACGACAAGCAGAAGAUGUGAUUCCUUCAAAGCAGCACCAAGAGACACCCGUCUACCUCGGAGCAACUGCUGGCAUGCGGCUUCUCAGCUUGGAGAAUAAAAGUGCAGCUGACAAAGUCUUGUCCUCAGUAGAGAAGACACUACGUUCAGCUCCCUUCAACUUCCAGGGUGCCAGAAUCAUCAGUGGUCAGGAAGAAGGAGCCUAUGGAUGGAUCACCAUUAACUACCUGCUGGGCAAUUUCAAGCAGUCCGGCUGGAAAAAACUUCUACAUUCCCUGAAAUCCAUAAGUGAGACAUCAGGAGCACUGGACCUUGGAGGAGCCUCAACUCAGAUUACUUUUGUACCAAAUGAACUCUCUUCUGAGUCCCCAGAGAACCUGCUCUACUUCCGUCUCUAUGGGAAGGAUUACUUAGUGUAUACUCACAGCUUUCUGUGCUAUGGGAAGGACCAGGCUCUGCAACAGAAACUGGCCGAGGAUUUUCAGACCAUGGAGAACAGCAGCCUCCUUGAUCCAUGCUUUCACCAGGGGUAUCAGAGGACUGUAAAUAUAAGUGACCUCUUCAAAACCCCUUGUACAUCAGCCAAGAAAAAGCAAUUCCCUUUCAGCCAGCUAUAUAUACAGGGAGAGGGAGAUUAUCAGAAGUGCCGAAGAAACAUCCAGAAACUCUUUAACAAAACCAGUUGUCCUUACUCCAGUUGCUCCUUCAAUGGGAUAUACCUACCUCCAUUACAAGGGGACUUUGGGGCCUUUUCUGCUUUCUACUUUGUGAUGAACUUUUUGAAUCUUACCAGUGAACAAAGCCCCGCUGCCCUGGACAAAGUGGCCACCACCAUUGAGAGCUUCUGCGCCCGGCCUUGGCAUGAGGUGAAGACAGCAUAUCAUCAAAUAAAAGAAAAGUACCUGAGUGAAUAUUGCUUCUCUGGAGCCUACAUCCUCUCCCUCCUGGAAAAUGGCUAUGACUUCACUGAAAACAACUGGCAAAGGAUCCACUUCCUUGGGAAGAUCGGCAGCAGCGAUGCAGGCUGGACCCUUGGCUACAUGCUGAACCUGACCAACAUGAUCCCUGCAGAGGAGCCUGCUGUACCCCCUCUUUCCUACGGCAGCUAUGUGGGGCUUAUGGUGCUGUGCUCCCUUGUGCUGGCGUCUGUGCUCCUGUUUGCCUGGCUUCUCUUCCACAAGCCCAAGUGCCUGCAGAAGGGGAUUGUUUAGGACGAGCAUUAGGAGAAGAGAGGCCAUGUCACCACGGCCACUCAGGGCUAGACCCCGGCAGAGCAGGCUGUACUGCAGAGCCCCUCUCACUGAAGCUACUGACUGUGUACAACAAGGGCAUUUAUUUCUUCUGCCUCGCACUGACAGAGGUUGGGACAUCAGGCUCACCACCUCUCUCUGCCAAGGACAGACGAGUGGGAGUUCCCCCCCCCCUUGAAUGGGUCGUACUUUCAUUCAGUGAAACGUUGCUGCUGGUUGGUUUUUGCCUUGUGCACAGCAUUAUAAAGAGAAAAACCGCAGCAAUCUUUGGGAGCCAGUGCUCUUGCAAGGGUAAUCUCAGGGUCAUGCAUCCCACUGAGCUCUUGGGAACGAUCACACCCAGGGUGAUCCUGCUCGUCCUUCACUGAAGCUAUUCCUAAGAGCCCUUCCCAUACCCUCUGCUCACUUCUCCAUGCCCUGAGCCCUCACAGCCCUACAGCUGGUAAGGCCACCUGCACCCAGCUGAUCCCCAAAGGCUGGCCAGGCUCCCAAAUGCCACCCUGGGAAAAGAAGGGAUGAGGAUGAAGAAACCGAGUGUGCUGGUGGUCAUCAGCCCUCUGGUGGCUAUCUGCUCCUUUUGCAGGUGGUAAGAAGCCUGUUUCCCACGUCUUCCUGAUGUUGCUGGACCAAAGUUGGCUCACUGUUCACUGAGCCAUUCCCAUGUUCCUAGAGUACAUCUUGACACGAAUUCCCAGCCAGGCAUUGCUGUUUUUUAUAGGAACAGCUUGUACUGGCCGAGGAUCCUUGGCCAGUAGUGAGUGCUUAGGCCUAGAAGGACUCUGGUGUGAUCUGCAUGCCUACAGGUACAUACUCACUAAAGCAAUCCAGUGUCACUGUGCUGAUCAUAAGGCAGCCUCUGAUCUAGAGAAAAUGUUUAUUAGGUGAAGUUCCUUUAUAAAUAGGCAGCUGGCAGCAGUUAACUAGCAUGAGCACACACAGAUUGAACCACUCCUGCCACCAGCAAAAUCAGUGAAAAUUCACCUUUCCUUCCCUCAUGGCUUAAGUUUAUCCCAGGACCAUAAGACCCAGGGCUUGUGAAUGCAAGUACCGCAGCUCAUCCUCUAGCACACAGCUAAGGUGAUGCCACUGAUCAGGUUUAUGAAUCACUUUCUUUCACUUUCCAUUCCUUGGUGCCCCCUCCCCAGGAAAGAGGUAGGUCAGAAAUCCAUUUUCAUAAGAACACUUGGAAACCACUGGUGCCUGUCUUCCUCCCAUGAAAUUUUGGAAAUCUCUUCUCCUAAUGACUUGCAAGUGCUGGAGGCCAAAAGAAAACUGAUACUGUGAGAGAAAGACAUGGCAAACACACACCUUUGCUCGUUUCCCUGAGCAAAGGUGUAGAAGGCACAGAGGGAUCAGGAUGUGCAACCCCAGUAAAGCUGCAUCCUUUAGGCAAGCACAGACACCGAGCUUGGGGUUUUCAUGCCCUCCCACCCUGUCCCUCUGUAUGGUGCAGGCUUCAAAGUGUCCCCCAAGUUAUUUCUACUUCAUGCCUGGAAGUAGGAGUCAUAACAUGUGGAAGGACCUAAAGGUAAGGGAAAAAUAUACCCUGUGAUGUGUAAGAUCUAUGGGCAGUUAAUUUUUUUUUUUUUUAAAUCUGUGUCUUAUUUUUCCUCUGAAUUAGCUGGCUUCAGCUUCUGACAGACCUUGUCCUGCCCAUUUCAGAAAGACUGAGUAAGUCUCUGCUACCAAAAUCCCUUUUUCCUUGUUGGUGCUUGCAAGUCAUCAUUCUGUCAUUCUAAGCAGACUGACCUUCAGUCUGUAAAGUGCUCUGUGCUGACCCCACUUGUAGCUCUUGACACCACUUCUUUGAAAAUUUUUACAUCUUUCUGAAACAUGGACACCAAAGUUUUCAAAAGUGAGUGGUAGUAGAGUCACUAAUAGUGUAUAUAAAAGUAACACCCUCUGGGUUUGAUCUAUGCUCUAUGUUCCCCAUUUCUAUAUCUCCGGGCCAGAUCUGCUCAGUUAAGAGAAAGUUUUGGGGCUGAUUUUCCAGUUGGGGUAUUGUAACUUGGCUUUAUUUUUCCAGUCAUUGCAUUCCAGAACGGCUACUGUCUCACACCAUACAUCACUGUCUCAACAUGAGCCUCUUUGCCUUCCACAUGACUGCAUUGAAACAUGUAUUAAUCAAGCAAGAUCAACCUGUGAAUGACACUUUCCCAUAUUGUUUGUCCAGUGACCAGUUAUUGCUUUAUCUGCAAAUGCAUUGAGAUGUUUUAAUUCAUCUAGAGAUGGAAUUUUCCUUCUGUUGUUUUCAGCAAAGAUAGGUAGAGGAGAGGUUAACAGUAGGUUUUGGUCAUGGCUGGAAAGCAUGCAGGAGUAACGUGUGAUUAAAGCUGCUUCAGCUCCCCCGUCAGCCACACUUGCAACACACCCCAUCCUGCAUAUGGAUGUACUCAGGAACUCAGGAUACACACACACACUUCCCUUGUCUAUGGAGUCUUCACAGUAGACUGAAGGUGACCUGGAGAAGCUCCCCACAUGAGCUGGUGCAUCAGUGUGGAAACCUGAAGAAUGGCAAUUCCUCUCCUGAGACUUCCUCAGGGAUCUGGCAGCUGCUUUAUUGUGUCCGUGAUGCUGGAACUAGCAGUUUCAUUGGGACAAGUUGGAAACUGAUGAAGAAACUCUAUGUGGAAGCUGGUGUGUAGGCAACACCUGUGCCAGUCUGCUCUCCUGGUCCCUGCUGAGGGUUUAUGCCAAAGGAAAAGGUCAAAUACAGAACCUGGAAGGAGAGUUUUAGCAAUGUUCUCUAUCUUUAUGGCAAGUUCCACAGUAUUAAUAUUGCUAGCUCUUGACUCUGGGGUCAGGUGAUCAGCUGGUAUCUUUGCUUACUCCCUCCUGUCUUUCUUCUUACCUUUUGGUUUGAGUCUGUUUUUUUAAGCUGUAAGCAUGACUUGAGUGCAACCUCAGGCCCCAAACUAAGAUAAACAAUAUGAAAUGUUGCAUUGUUUUUAAUGCUUAUGACUUUCAUAUCACAUUUAUGAGCCAGUCUCUCCAGAGCUAGAAUUCCUAAGGUGGCACCAGACACACUAUUUAAAAACCACUUGAGCAGGCUGAGGCUCCAGGAAUUGGUUGACUGAAGACAUCCUAUCAGGGAUGAUAUACCCUGAAUACCCAGGUAUUGAUAUACCCUUGCAUAUCAAUGGCUGUUCUUGAACCUUCCGAGAAAAGCGUAUGAUUUUUCUCCCCACUUCUCCUGCUAUUGAUGGACUUUGUCCAUGGAGGCUAUUCAGAUUUCUUGGUCAAAGAGUUCAAGUUUAAUAAACAUUAAUUUCUUUGCUUCUGUGCUGCAUCUGACCCAGCUGUAUGCAGCUGAAAUAUCUGUUGCAGAGCUACCCAAAGCAUAUGUGAAGGUCACUAAUGAUAGUGGGGGGAAUUUCCAAAUAUGCCAGUAAUAUGGUAUCACUUGUUAAUGCAGUUGAUCUGCCUCACUGAUAAUUAUCUGUGCCUUAUUUCUGAUUUGGUAGCUUCUGGCUUUAAUUUGCAGCCACUGGCUCCUGUACAGUUUUGCUCUUCUGGGUUAAAGCAUCUUUUAACACCACAUGUUCUUGUCUUGCAAGUAUUUUUUCACUAUCCACUCUGCUGGGCUGCUGAGAUUCCAGACGUUGGUGUCUCCUGUUUUGCCACAGGAAGCCCUGAGAUGUGCUGCAGUGCGGUGGGAUGAGUGUCUCUACUUUGGGUUAAAACACUGAGUGGUCCAUUUUUGGGAAGGUUUCUUGCAGGAGGAUUAGACAGCUUUUUGCAGGGUGCAGGAGCAGCUCCUGUCUUUCUGGGACUGAUGACUUCCACAAGCUCUCGCACAGUCACCCAAGUGUCAGGUGUGAGGCAAAACUAUCAGUACUUCUCACAAGAGGAUGGGUGCCGGCAGCAUGAACAGCUCUUGCAGAAAACAACCAGUCCCCACUUCAGGGUCCGAGUGCCCUUUGCUCUCCUCAACACAGUGAGCUCUCCUCUGCACAGGCUACAGCUGAUUUCUCUGGCCCUACAGCAAAGCACAGUGGAGCCUCCACUUGCAAGAAAGCUCUCGGAAGCAAGGUCAUCACCUCUGUGGUUAGAGGUUGAUUUGCAGUGUUGGUGCUGGCCAGGGCUCCCCAGCUUCUCCAAGAACAGCUCUCAGCUGGAUGUGUGCUCCCUCCUUCUCCAUCCCAGUUCUUCCCAUGCUCUGUGCCAGGGGGGAUAUGCAGGCUCUGCAGAGCUGCUGGCUGUACCAUGGGGCUCAACAGCCUUCGCAGGAGGGGCUGGGGGAGACACAAGGAGGACAACAGUCCCUGCUACCCAGCCCAUGCACUUGCUUUUUGUGGUUCAGUCCUGAUAAAAUGGAUCUUUGUUUCGGUGCACGCACAAGUCUCUGUAUCCUUAUCAUAAUAAAGACUUCUGAACUGA